AUGAAUUCAUGGACUCUUUCCUUUUCGGAUUCUAAUUUAGAAUCCUAAUUUUCACAUGCUCACUAAAAUCAUGUUAGAAGAUGUUAAGAGAAACAAAAAUGGUUAAUAAUCGUUAUUUUAGCUCUUCUGAUGGUUGAAUAGGUUUUGGAAAAAUUUUGGAUAAGUGUUGCAAUCUGGUCUUUUUGUUUGUGUUUAUUAUUUAUUUCUUAUAGAUUUAGAAAUUAAACUAAACUCAUUGAAAAAGUAUUUUUCAUCACAAUAAUUUUAUUACUUGCCAUAUAUAAACAAAAUCCUAAAUUUUUUGAUGGUAUAUCAAAGGAAUAAUUCAAUAUCGACUCAGUGCUUACUACUUUCGCAACUUUUUGGUAUAUAUGUGAUUAACAUAGUUUAAUUAGAAAUUUUAAAAUUUUAAAGCAAUACUUAAUUUUAAUGAUCAUAUUUAUAUUUAAUAUGAUAAUUUAGUACAGAUAAGUUGAAGUAUCAGCUUUAACCAUUUUAUAAAAUCUUAUAUAUAUAGCUGUGAUUCUUCAACACAUGUAUUAGAAAGAAUAACAUAAAAGAAUUAAUUAUAUUGAGGACAUUAAUUAGGUUAAAAUUAAUGAAAUACUUUUUAAUUAAUUAAAUAUAUAAUUGUAUCGAGUUGCUUAUGAUACAUCAGCAUGUUAAUUGAUUCUUCUAUAAAGAAAUUUAUUAACUUCAAUAAAUUAAUCAGAUUAAAUAGAAUUUAAUAAUGAGAUAAGACAGAUUUAAAUAUAAAUAAAAAAGAAUAAAAGAAUUUCAGAUUAAAUUUUGUUCAAUUAAAUUAAUUAAAAAAUGACUUUGGAGUAAUUUUUGAUUUUGAUUCUAAACAAAAAGUCUAGCAAAUUGACUUAGGAGGUUUUGAAUCAAAAUGAAUAUUAAUUAGUAGGUGUUAUAAAUUUAGGGGAUUUUUAGAUUUAUGUACAUAGAACAUUUUAUAUUAUGCCUAGUGUAAUAAUAAUAAUAAAGAAAAAUUAUAAAGAACAUUAAAUUGAGGAAUUGAAAUUAAAAAGAGACACACUUAAACGUGGAUUGGAUUUCGUUCAAGAUAUAUUUAUGACAAAUAUAAAACCUGUAUUGAUUUACUAUACUUGGAUUAAAAACCAUUCGAACAUUUAGAAAGAUGCUUAAAAAAUAAAAGUACUACAUAAAAUAAUAUAAGCUAAACUUUACAAAGCCUAACAUGAAUAUUAGAAUUUAAAAGAUUUUUUUCAAAUAAACAAAUAGUUUUAAAAAACCAUUAUUCUAUCAUUUGCAAUUGAUAAAAUUAUGUAAUUUAUCAUAGAUGUUGUCAGUGAUAAUUUGAUGAAUAAAAAGAAUCUGAGGAUACAAUUUAUAAAUAAAUUGCAAUAGAAAGAAAUUAAUCAAGAUUAAGCUUAAUUUAUUUAACUAUUUUUCAAUUUGUUAUUUUUUAUAUCUGAAAAAUCAGAAGAUAUUAAAAUAACAAUAAAAGAUUUUAUGAUGCCAGAAAUGUUACAUCAAAUUCUGUAAGUAAAGAUUGAUUAUAUUGGCAACCCUAUUUCUAGAUAAUUUUUAUAGAAAUUGCCAAUAAUCAAUCCUUAAAAUUUACAAGAUUAUAUUGAUAAUAGUAGUGGAACAUUUAGUCUUGAUUUGCCUAUAGCUUUGAUGAUAAUAAGAAAACUUGGACCUUAGGAUAAGUUAAUCUGGAAAUAAAUCAAUAGAGGCGAAAUUUCUUUAGAGUUUUAUCUUUAUAGAAAUCUUCCAAGUGAUCUUCAUCUUUUACCUGUAAUCUCUUUAAAACCUCAUAAAAAUAUUAUAUAUAAAUCUAGCCAAACUAGAAGAAAGACUUUAAUAUAUGAUCAUGUAUAUGAAACUGUUCAUUUACCUGCAAUGUAAACUGAUAGAGAAUUAUUAUGA